GAAUCUUCUUGCUCAACGUUUUCCUGACCAUCAGAGGAGGCUUUGGGAAAUCGGACGUUUCUCUCAGCAAAAGAGUGGGACUGAAAUGUAUAGUUUUAAUUACAGCAUAUGUUAAAAUAAAGUAGGAGGGAUUGUGAAACGGCAUUACAAGGGGAAUGGUUUAUGAAGAACGACACAGGGCGGAAGGGGGAGGAAUCAGGGAGGAGCUGUGUGAAAUUGGAAAGCAGGGCGGAUGGAGGAGCAAGAAUUCUGGAGCCCUUUAGAAUGAUGGAGGAAGACCGAGGAAUGACAUCGUUCUGAGGAGGGCUCAGGGAUGACGUCGCCUAUAGGAGGGACAAAGGGUGACAUCGCAGGGAGGAGGAUGAAUGGGGAAGCCUUGACCCGUCAGCACAAAGAAGAAGAUCAGGUGAAAACAUAUUUGAAUAUACUUUGCUUCUGUUUGAAUCCUAAAUUGUUAGUGCAAAUGCAUUUCUGUGUAUACCUCCAACUUCAUUGCUGAGACUCUACUCAUUCCCUUACCAGAAGCUUACAUAACCAUGUUCUGGAAGUUUGACCUAAACACGACGUCGCAUGUCGACAAGCUACUGGAUAAAGAAGAUGUUACCCUACAAGAGCUUAUGGAGGAGGAUGACCUUCUUCAGGAGUGCAAGGCCCAGAAUAGGCGCCUGCUGGAUUUCAUUUGCCAACAGCAGUGCAUGGAGCAGCUUGUUGAACUCAUCACACAAAAGCCCCCAGAUGAUAUGGAGGAGAAAGUCCGUUUCAAGUUCCCCAACACUGCCUGUGAACUGCUGACAUGUGAUGUGCCACAGAUCAAUGAUAAGCUUGGUGAGGAUGAUAACCUCCUAAAUAUCUUGUAUGACUUUCUGAGACAAGAACCUCCCCUCAACCCACUACUUGCCAGCUUCUUCAGCAAAACUAUUGGAAAUUUGAUUGCAAGGAAGACAGAGCAGGUCAUUGGAUUUUUGAGAAAGAAGGAGAAGUUCCUUGCCUUGGUUCUGGAGCAUAUUGGCACUUCAGCAAUGAUGGAUCUGCUGCUUCGUCUCAUAAGCUGUGUAGAGCCUGCCCCUUUACGUCAAGAGGUGCUCCAUUGGCUAAAUGAGGAACGACUAAUUCAAAGACUGAUAAAUCUGAUACAUCACAGUCAAGAUGAGGAUUAUCAUGAUUCUUUACAGAAACAGUCCAAUGCUUCUCAGACCUUAUGUGAUCUAAUAAGACUAAGCAGGGAUCAGUGCAAUCAGAUGCAAGAGACAAUGGAAACAGACCCCUUGCUCGCCACCUUAGAAUCACAGCCAUGUGUAGAGCAACUGUUAAAAAACAUGUUUGAUGGAGAACAGACUGAAAGCUGUAUUGUAAGCGGGACACAGAUUUUACUGACACUUCUAGAGACAAGGAGACAAAGUGUAGAUCCCCUGCUGAAUUCAUUGACACAGGGCUAUGAUAGAACUCCUACUGUUAGCAACUGUAUACUUCAAGUGAUAGAGCCACGUCUAAAAGAUUUUCACGAUCUGCUUCAGCAUCCUCCUAAGAAAGAAUCAAUUUUGACCACAAUUGGGGUACUGGAGGAGCCAUUAGGAAAUGCCCGUCUCCACACUACACGCCUUAUUGCCGCAUUGCUUCACACUAACACUCCCAGUAUUAACCAGGAGCUUUGUCGGCUAGGUACCAUGGAUCUCUUACUUGAUCUUUUCUUUAGAUACACAUGGAAUAACUUCAUGCACUUACAGGUUGAGCUGUGUAUAGCAGCUGUUCUCUCUAACUCCAGGCAAGAAGGGAAGUAUCUGGCAGUUUCUGAAGAAAGACAGGAGGAGGAGGAAACACUUAAUGGAAAUGCAGAAAACAUGGAGAACUGCCAGAUCUGUUCCUCUGAGCAUGAAGAUCUAAUGAUCACACAUCUCUUCCAGAAGUGCUGUCUUGUGCAAAGAAUAUUAGAUGCGUGGGAAACCAAUGAUAGAAUUCAGGCAGAAGGAGGCAUGAGAAGAGGGAAUAUGGGCCACCUAACUCGCAUUGCCAACACAGUGGUACAGAACAUGGAAAAGGGUCCUAUGCAGGCUCAGAUUAGUGACUUUAUCACAGAAUUGCCUGAUGAUUGCAGAGGGAGAUGGGAGAGUUUUGUGGAAGAGACUCUGACAGAGACCAAUCGCAGGAACACAGUGGAUUUGGUAAAUAUGAUCUGGGUGAGCACCCAUCACCUCCAUUCUUCGAGUGAGGAUGAAGAUAUUGAUAAUGCAUUUCCUAAUGAGCUGUCUGUACAACAGGCUUUUUCAGAUUACCAGAUCCAGCAGAUGACUGCAAACUUUGUUGAUCAGUUUGGCUUCAAUGAUGAGGAGUUUGCUGAGCAAGAUGAUCAUAUCAAUGCUCCCUUUGACCGUAUCACAGAAAUCAACUUUAAUAUUGAGGCAGAAGAUGACAAUCCCAAUGCUGCCCUAUUUGAAGCAUGUUGUAACGAACGUAUUCAGCAAUUUGAUGAUGAAGAGGAAGACAUAUGGGAAGAGAAAGAAAUUGGUUAUGGCACUCAAGUGAAAUCUAGGACAAGGUUUGGGGUAUCCCAGUCUUCAGAGGAUUCCUCUCGCAGUGACCUGGAGAAUGGAGAGCCUACUGGUAGCCCUGUAUCUGAUGAAGAUGAGGAUGAGGAAGGACAUAGUAUUGAGACACCCCAAGCUGCAAACCUCAUUACCUGCAGCCAGUCAAUGCAAAGAGACUCUGUUGUUCCAGAAGGUGCUGUUAGCCCUUACAAAACUGGAUGGACAGCUGUAUUUGAUGAGCCAGUGAAUUCGAAACCCCCAGCCCCAUGUGUCGCACUUGAUGUGGGUUCCAAUGUUUGGGAAGCUCCUAUUACAGAGACAUCUACUUCAGAGCAGAAAGGAUGGGCGAAGUUCCCUGAUUUUCAACCAUUUUGUUGCUCUGAAUCAGGCCCACGGUGUAGCUCUCCAGUGGAUACAGAGAGCAGCAGCUCUGAUGGACGCACUAAGCACAGUCAAGACAAAUUGUUCAGCGCAGCCUCUCCUUGUGUGUGGAAUGUUUGUGUGGCCAGGAAGAACCCUACUCUUGGUUCUGACAGUAGUUCAUCAGGGGGCUCUGACAGCGACGAAGAAGAUAAACAUAAUAUAGUUACUGAAACCAUCAGCACGGGAUCUGGACAUGAAACCAUCAGAUUAACCAUGGACACAAAAAAUGAAAAGGCUACAUUUAGCAGUAACCCUGAUGAUGUGACCAUUGAUCAGAUUAGUGUAACAGACAGCAGACCUAAAAAAGCCUCUCCUCUCUCCAGCUGCACAGAGGAUCCAUCUCAAGAACAAAGUGCAGCUGCCCAGUGUGACACAAGCACACAAAGUACAUGCAAAGAAAAGAACCAAGGAAGCCCUGCCUUUGCUCCUGAAACCACAGUGAAUGGGCCUGCGUGACACAGCCCAGUCUCCAAGGCGUAUGUGGACUGGGACAGGACCUAUUGCUCCCUGGGGUCUGUGCAUACUUUCAGCCACUUGAUAUUCAUUUGGAAACAUUAUCUGAAUGGAGAGGGUGCUUUAGGACAAACACAACACAGAACCAGGAGCACAGUGUGAUGAAAUUGUGGAGUUAAAAUGCUGAACAAGAGGAAAUGUAGCACUGGGGCCGCGUGUGUGGAAACAAGCCCAGUUUGGAUGCUGUAUAAUGAACACUGCCUCCUUCACAAGCAGCUUUUUCCAGCACAGUCUGCUCCACCUCAUCUCCCUGCUUCACAGGUUGCACAGAGCACCCUGAUAAACAGACCUGGUGAGACAGCUGUGACCAACACCAUGGCCACCCUCUUAUGGGCGCACUUCUUUGUUUUAGCAAUAAUCCUCCUUAGGUUGCUGCAGAGCCCCUGCCUUGCUUCUCUAUGUUGCAGAUGUAUGUUCUUAGCAGUAUAAAGCAGCCUUUCGGAACCACAUGCUGCUCUAGCGCUUGGCAAUAUUUUUUUUUUUAACAAAAUCCAUUGUCAAAGGAGACUUUACUUCUCUCUUUCUCUCUGCACUUUAGAGGACUCAACAGUAAAUUAGAUGUUACUUUGUCAAUUAAAAUAUUAACCCUUGUUAAUGUGGAAGUACACAUUUUGGAAGGUAAAGCCCCCUGGAUGGCUUCAUGCUGACUGUGUGUAUGACCAUUUGUGAAUCCUUUGUAUCCGUUCUGUGGCUAAAUUCAAAAUCAAGUAUUCCCAGAAAGCCGAUAUAUGCUGUGUUGCUGUGUCAGACUAGGAUACCACAGAGAUACCUGCGAGAGCAACAUCACAGCUUUUUAUUCGAUUUAUGUUGUCUGCUAGGACAUGGCUGUAUCUCUGUUCUUAUGGUGGGAUAGAAAAGGAAGAUGGAAGCAGCUGUAUUUAAAUUAAAUCCACCCCCUCUUUCACCUUCUGGGUACAUAGUCUGCAGGGGCUGGAUUUACAAUAAUACAUCCAGGGUUAUUUUCUCUCCCACCUUUUCCCCCUUGUUUUGGAAAAAAAAAAAAAAAUUGUUUGAAAAAAUGGUUUCUGCUUUUACAUUACUUGUAUUUUGUAAAGUAUAGCGUUUUUAUUUGGUAUGUUGGUUUCAUUUUUGCAUAUUACUGUACUACCUUAUACUGUAGGCGUGGUAGCAGCGUGCCAUUUCUCUUGCUAAAAACGUUUAUCUUACAGAAAUAUUUUUUUUUUCUUCCCCACGUUAUUUCUGUGGACUUUGAAUGGAAGAUUAACUGUUUGUUUUCUGCAUAGUAAUGACAUUAGGUUCAACGGAGAAUAGCGUACGGCCAAAUGUAGGAUGUGCCUUCUGCCUGCAAACUGCAUUCUGCACUCCUCUCUAUCCGCACUCCCUCUGCUGGAGAGUUAGAAAUAUGGAAACGAUAGACUGGGUCUAUUAGAACAGGGUAUAAUAUUCACCUUUUUUAGUAUUUUAAAUAUAUGUAAACGUUGUAAAAGCAUUUCAAAUAUUUUAAUGUGAGGAUUUUUUUUUUGUCCAUUUCAGUACAGAAAAGGUUUGAAUAGACACUUCUUACUCUGUUAAAACUGAUGAAUGAAUCUGAAGCAGUUUGGGGCAGGCACACCUUGUGCUGCUUUGUUAGACCUAAUCCACCCAUGCUUAGUGUCUCAUUCCCAAAUGAACUAUGGUAUUUAACCACACAGUAGGCCAUCCAUGGAAAACGACCAUGUAGGAGGGUAUCGUCGUACGAAAUAUUGUCCAUACAUAAUGCGAUAUCAGCCCAGAAGCAGUGUGAACAGGAAACAGGAAGUGAUGUAUUUUACACAUCAGUAGGAGUUGCCAGCGGAGGAAAAUUAUUUUGUUUACCACCAAGCAACACAUGUUCAUAUUUGGAUUAAAAACAGAGAGCUGGACUAGAGUCCUACUCACCCCUAAUGGCAGUUUACUAACUGUGAACAGUUCAAUGACAAUUGUCUCGUUCACACUGGCUGCUGUCUUUGAUGUUUAGAACAGUAACAUGGGGCCAACCGGGGGGGGGGGGGGGGGGCGGCUUAGAACAGUGGCAAAAGGAGGGGGGUGUACUGCAUGUUCUCUUAGAUACUGCUGAAAGCUCAGUCUUAAGGUCAGUUAGAUUGAGAUUUGGGGAUGCCAAAGUUUUACUGUAUCUAUAACUGCAAGGGAAGGCAUUACACCAAAGUUGUCCCUUCAAGAAAGAGAUGGGCUUGAAGUUAAAAUGUUCAACAACCCAUGUAUGCCUGGGGUACCCUGAGAUGAUCUAGUGGGCUAUGGACCCAUAGGGGGGCUCUGCACACAAAAUGGUACAAAACAUUUAGCACCGUGGCUUUUCUAUAAUGUGAAAUAUCACAUUCAGUCACCCAAGAAUGACAAAGCCUUACCAUGUAUUGCUGGCUGUAGACUGCAUAGUGUAAGAAGACCCACCAGAUUCUUGCAGAUGACCCUGUUUUAGUUGCAGUUAGUGGGACAAGUCAGUCAGAGUUGGCAAUGGUUGUGGGUUCUAUUUUAAUCAGUAUUUUACUCUCACUAGUAUUCCAUACCUUGCUGGGGAUUCCUAUUGCGUAUUAAGGCAAGCAUUUUACUGCAGUACUCCAUGCAUUUGCCUUAAGAAAUGAUUGUUCCCUGGGGAGCUCUGCCAAAGCAAAGUUUGUUUCACUGGUAAAUGUGCAUUUGUGUGAAUAAUGCAGUUCAUGGGAGUAUUUACAUGCAAGUCAGAAAUGGAGAGUAGCAUGUGACCAUUCAAAAAGGAAACCACAAUCCGCAAUUUUCUCUCCCAAGAACCUGGGACUGAUUUACUAAUGUAGAUGCUAAAUUGCACCACUGUUGUAGUUGACAGUCACCAGCAAUUCAUUUUGAUCAGUAUAUUAGUAAAUCAGCCCGUGUCACUACCUAAUAGUCCUUUAUAUGAUUAAUCUCCUGUAAUUCUUUGCACAGGCUGAAAUACUGCUCUGUCAUAUUUUGCUAAAUAAAAUGGAUUGCCUACAA